AGGGCGGCUACGAGGCGAGCGCUGAUUGGCGGGCCGCAGAGCCCGUGCGCUCUGCCGUGCGCCUCAGACCGGCUUCGACGACUGUGCGGGUGAGGAUCGCUCCCUCUCUCCCGCGAGCUUCGCUGUGCUUCUGGAGACAUGAGCUCCUCGGCUGGGGAUGAGGAGCCCGCUCCAGCCAGCCAGCGGCCGUCAGACCUAGAGCCUUCCAACCUGCCCUCAGAGGAGACCCCGAAGGCGCCGCUGCCGCUGCCGCUGCCGCUGCCGCUGCCGGCUGGGGAGGUUGUCCCCAGGGAAGGAAGCCCUGCCAAGUCCAGCGGCCCGGAGGACCCCGGAGACGCCGCCACGCGGGACGUCCUUGGGGAGCCAGGUGCUCUCCCAGCCUCUGUUCCCUUGCUUGGGGAGCUCAGAAUCUCUGCUCCCCACAAGCCGCCGGCAAAGAAGACGGUGGAGUCGGUCAGCGGGAAGAGAGGCGGCAAGUCCAGCCGCGUGGCCCAGGCCUCUCCGAGCAAGGCCUCCCCGGAAAAGAAGGGCGUGGCUGGCAGUGUCCCCAGACUUGUCCUGGGGAGGAAAGCCCAGGCCUAUCUCUCCGAAUUUCCCCCAGGACUGGGAGCUUACCCUCUGGUCUCCGGCCUUCCAGCACUUGGGAGAGCUGAGAAAAAUGCCGUGGCCCCCUGGGGCCCCAAACAGCCCAGGCACCAUACCGGGAAGAAGCCUGCGGCCAGCAGGACAAAGGAGCCUGAACUGGUGGCCCAAGAAGAUGCCGACCGCUUCAGCCAGCCGGCCCCAAAGGGCCAAUUUCCAGCAAGCAGGUCAAGGCCGUCUCGCCUGUCUGCAUGUCAUGGAGUAGGGAGCAAGGGAGACUCCAAGACCAAGAGCUCUCGAGUUCCAGGAAACGCACAGCUCCUGGCUAUGGCCCAGGGAGAUGUCAACGCCAGGGUGCCCCCACCGACAGACGACCAUGGGCCAGCUCAUCAUCUGCGACAGAGAAGGAGGCAGCCAGCGCCUGCAGUGCAAUCCUGCCCUCAAUGUCAUGUGCUGCAGAGGGAAGUCAACAGACUGAAAGAUGAACUUGCGGCCAAAGAGUGCCUUGAUGACAAGUCUCAGAUGCAUUGAGUCUCCCCGUCUGCAGAAGCUGCUGGUACCUUUUGAGCCAGGGUCUACACCACACCAGUACCCCCUUCUACUUGUGUUUCAUUGGUAGGCUCUGCUGUGCUGCUCUGCCAGGGUUUCCUGUCUUUCCCAAGGUUCAGUUUGGCUUUUGUCCCCCAGUUCAUUGCCACUUCUCAUUAAAGUACUUCUCAGA